AUGUGGUCAAUUCGACCGUCGGUCCCCAGAUUUUCAGGCCCCUACACUGUCGGCACAACCGAAUAUGAAAUCCCCAUAUCAGAGAUAGACACCCAAACAGGCCCACCAGACCCAACAAUCACGACACUCAAGUUCCGCCUCUUCUACCCUACCAGCACACCCUACACAGGCCAAAAAAUACCCUGGGUCCCAGCGCCACAGCGACAAUGGACAGAGGCGUUUGGCAACUUCCUUGGCGCGUCACUCGGAUGGUCGAAGAUCGUCAACCCAAUGCUGUCGCUGUUGUCAUACAUCACCAUACCAGCUAUUCCUAACGCGCCACUGAUCUCCAGGAAGCGGCCGUUCCCACUCAUGAUCUUCUCACAUGGCCUGGCGGGGAAUUGCAACACGUACUCGAGCUUCUGCGGGUCGAUGGCGAGCUGUGGGAUGAUUGUUGCGGCGAUCGAGCACCGUGAUGGGAGCUGUCCGAUCACUAUGCAGCGCGGGGCGGAUGAUAAGGUCGCGUCACAUGUCGACUACCGGAAGUAUCCGCAUACGAACACUCCUGAGGUGUUCCGGGCGCGCAAUGCGCAGAUGAAGACGCGGAUGUGGGAGCUGGAUCUUCUCUUCACUACACUGGGCAGGAUCAACGGCGGAGAAAAGCUGCAGAACUACGCUUUGGCGAACGAGAAACCGACCGGACCAGCCUUCUCAUCGACGAUGGACUUCCGGCCCGGCCGCAUCACCUGGGCAGGACAUUCCUUCGGCGCAUGCACCAUUACCCAAUUCAUCAAAUCAAUCUACUACAACGACUUCCUCCCCGACCUCAAAAGCACAGAACACGAGCACGACCCAGAUUGGCAACCUCUCUUCGUCCCGCGCGCCAACAGCGAUCUCAUCAAGCAGAUCACUCCAACAUCCCCCGUAACACUCCUCGACGUCUGGACGAUGCCCUUCCGCGCUCCCUCGAUACAAUGGCUUUGGGAGCGGCCUAUGCCAUGCCAUGACACCAGCAAGUCGCAUGUUCAGUCUUCGACACGACGCCCGACCACAAUCAGCAUAAUGUCCACUGAAUUCUACAACUGGACCGAGAUGCUAAACCGCACGCGCAUCCUCAUGGCCGCCAACCCGCUCGCCGCAACAGAGGAGAUCGCGCGCCAGUCGGCGCCACGUAGCCCAAAGAUGCCGAAGCUAGAAGACACGACCGCGUCGAGGACGCCGAAGCUCGCCACACCACCUAACAAGCACGUGGAGGACAGCGAUGGCGAGGGAGCUGCGGAGUUGGACGCAGAUAUUUUGCCGCCUGCGAGCUUGCCGCUUGAGGAGUCGCUGUCCGCAGCAGAGCCGGUGGAUCGGUCUGCUUCCGUAUCGCCUUCUUCGUCACUCUCUUCGGCAUGCGCACACGAUGAGGCGGACUCACCAGAGGACUCACCGACGAGCAGCACAACAUCUCUCUCACCCUCACUUACCGCCAAGCCGGCACCCAAGGCAACUGCAGCCUCAGUGUCCUCUCCUGACUCGGCUACAUCCGAUCCCCCAGCAAAACUCUACCACAUCCCCCAAUCCGCCCAUCUCAGCCAGUCCGACUUCGGCCCCCUCUUCCCAACCCUCACCCGCCUGCUCAUGAAAGCCGCCGACCCCGUGGGCACAAUGAAUCUCAACGUCCGCGCCGUCGCCCAAUCCAUCCGAAACGCUGGAAUAACAGGCAUCGAAAGAGUCGACCGUCCCUUCCCUCAAGGAACGACCAGUGACAAAAGCGCAGGAAGCAAAAGUCAUGGGUGGUUUUCGUGGCUGCGCGGCCAAGAAGUGCAAGGGGAGAAAGUGACUGGCACUGAGGACGAGGAGACGGAGGCAAGAUUUGAGGAGAUGAGGCAGGACAGUAUCUUGCAAGAACCUGGGUUGGCGAGGUGGAAGGAGUUGGAUGUUCCUGUUGUUGCGCAUUACUCGCCUUCGCGAUAG